AUGGGAAGAAUUAUUGCACAUGAUAUUGUAGUUCAUUACAUGGGAAACACUGUCAGAAUUCCAAAUGUCGAUCCAAAGAACUACCAAUAUAUUGACCUUCUCGGUGAUGUUACUGAUAAGGCAAUGAAUGAUUUGCCUGGAAAUUUGAACAUGCUUGUGCAUAUGAAAUGUGCGAUUCCUAGAACAACAAGCUUUAUGGACAUCAAUAGUGACAAAUCAGUAUCUGAUAUGUUCAAACUUCAUGAGCAAGAUCUUGUUAUAAACUUGUACUUGCUGCACCUGGAUAUUAUUCCUACUACAGAGGAGAAUAUGGUAGACAAUAGGAAUAACCAACUUCAGGAUGCACAGAAAGACAAAGGAAUCGAAAAAGCUCCUAUUCUUGUAGUUGACAGUGAGGGUGAUGAUGAGAUUUAUGCUUCUAGUUCUGAUGACUCUUGGAAAGAUGACAUGGAUAGUGACUUAGAAGAUGUCAUAGCUGAAGAUAGGGCCUUAAUUUCUUCCAGUGACAAGGAGGAAAAUGACUUGUCUGAUUAUGAGGAGAUUGAGGAUGCACAAGUUGGGCCUGAUUCAGAAUCUGACCAAGAAUCAGAUCCUUUGAGAGCAAUCAUGCUGUCAAAAAUGUGGACUUACAAUCCAAGAGAGGACAUUGAGUUUGAGAAAGGAAUGCUAUUUACUAAUGUGGAUGCAUUUAGAGCAGUGUUAAAAGACUAUGCUAUUCAAAAAGGAUUUCCAUUGGUGAGGUUGAAAAAUGAAAAAAGCAGAUGCACUGCUAAGUGUGGAGCUGAGGGUUGUAAUUGGAGGAUUCAUGCAUCCCCAGUUGCUGAUACAACCACAUUCAUGGUUAAGACAUAUACACCUGAGCAUACGUGUGUGAUGGAUAGGAAAAACUCAGAAGCAACAUCAGAUUGGAUUGCAAAAAAAUUAAUUUCUGUUAUGAGAGAUCACCCAGAGAUGACAAGCAAGGGAGUAAAGGCUGAAAUGCAGAAGUAUGGAGUCUUGCCAAGUAGAAUGCAAAUUUACAGGGCAAAAAAGAAAGCCUUGGAACAAAUAGAAGGCUCACACAGUGAAGCCUAUGGAAGGUUACCAAAAUAUGCUGAACUUUUGAGGAUUAAUAACCCGGGAAGCAUCAUGAAAAUUCGCUACGAUAGGCCAAACCUUCUUAUGGAGCCUAAAUUUCUGAGAUUGUUCAUAAGUUUCAAGGCACAAAGAGAUGGUUUCCUAGCAGGUUGCAGGCCAUUUAUUGGAUUUGAUGGCUGCCAUUUGAAAGGUGCAUUUGGGGGCAUUCUGUUGACUGCUGUUGCUCUUGAUGGGAACAACAGUUUGUUUCCAUUAGCUUUUGCUGUUGUUGAGUGUGAAAACAAGGAAGCUUGGAGUUGGUUUUUUUACUAUUUUCAGGAUUUCUUUGGACCUUUUCCAAACAAUAUUCCACUCACCUUCAUGAGUGAUAGGCAGAAGGGACUAAACCUUGCAUACGAGGAACAAGUGCCACAAGCUGCUGCACGAUACUGUGAUUGGCACAUCUAUAGCAACUUCAAAGUGAAAUUUCCAGGAUUGCUUCUAAGAAGAUUUUUUUGGCAAGCAGCUAAAAGCUAUGAUCUGAUAGGACACAAUGAGGCUAUGGAAAAAAUAAAGAAUAUUAACAUAGAUGCUUGGAGAUACUUAGCAAACAUUCCUAAGUGUAAUUGGGCAAGGCAUGCAUUUUCUGUUGAAAUUAAGUGUGAUCAUGUCACCAACAAUUUCACAGAAUCUUUUAAUGCAUGGGUUGGUGAACUGAGAGGAAAGAAUAUACUUGCUCUGGCUGAUGGACUGAGGCAAAAAUUCAUGAAGAAACUACAUAAGAGGUAUCAAAAAGGCUGCACAUGGACAUCUAGACUUACUCCACAUGUUACUGGUAAGCUGAAGGAUAUUGCAUCUGAAUCAAGAAAGUGUUCAUUGACAAUGGCAAGUGAGAACACAUUUGAAGUAGCAGAUGUGGAUAAGUCCUAUAUAGUCAAGCUGCAUGAGAGGACAUGUGAAUGCGGGGCUUUCCAGUUGACUGGCAUUCCUUGCAAACAUGCUGCACUAGGAGCUAUUUACAGAAGGGAGAAACUGGAAAGUUAUUGUGAUGCAGCUUUUUCAAGAGAUCAGUAUUUGAAAACAUAUGCAUUCAUGAUCAACCCAAUUCCACAUAUGAAUAGGUGGCCUCCUAUGGAAGAUGUGACACCAGCAGUAGUUUUGCCACCACCACUUAGAAGAAGAGCUGGAGAACUUGUCAAGGAGCUCCUGUUGCUGAAAAAAGAGGCAGCAGUACCUCUGCAAAUCAGGUAG